UCUAAGGAAAUUUUAAAAUGUAUUUGAUUAAAAACUAAAUUAAAUUUGAAUUUAUCUAUUCGGUUAAUUGUGCGGGUUUAACAUCUAGUUGGAUUUCUAAAGCACAAGCUUGUGAACUGAAUGUGAUCGAGAAUGGGGGAAUUUCCUUUCUUGGUUUCCAUACCAAUUCGUUCGAGGGCACAGUCUCAUCGGAAUUGAUUGAAGCACCAGCGGAUAGCUACAACAAUGGCGUGUUUUUAACGGCUAAGCAGCUUUUGAAAACAACUUGGAAUAAAAAACAAUGGCGAAGUUGUCAAGAUCAUUCAGGUCCCUCAAGCCCCAUUCGGAUUCCUUCAGUUCCAAACCCAUUUCCAUAUCAAAGCCGUCGAAUCUGAAACUGGUCCCAUCUUCUUCCGAAUCAUCGCCGCCUGGGGUUUCAUCUGCGCCAGCGGCAUCAGCAGCUUCAGACUCCAAAUCAAGAUCGUCGACGAAGAAGAAUCCGUGGUCUGUGUAUUUGAUCCUCUCCACCAAUCCUCCUAUCAAGACUUAUGUUGGUGUCACCAACAAUUUCUCUCGCCGAAAAGAGGCUAAGGAAUAUCAAAGUAUUUCAAAGUCAACUGCUAAAAGUUGGUGGUUCUAUUGCAGCUUGAAACAACAUAAUGGUGACCUUAGGGGUGGCGCCAAAGCAUCUCGUGUAGGAAGACCAUGGGUUUGUGCCUGUCUUAUAAAUGGAUUUAGUGGGAAAGCUGAAGCUUGUAAAUUUGAAUUCAAAUGGAAAGACUUUUCGAGGAGAUUGUCCCGCCAAAGGAAAUCUGUUGAAAUGAGCCAAGAAGCAGAGGAUGGUUCCCUUGCAUUGCUGCGACACAGACAUGCUGCACUCUGUCGUGUCCAAAGCUCAAUUGUCUCCGAUGACCUGGAUAUUGAUUGGCGCUUUGAUCUUUCUUAGUUUGGCUGCAUAGAUUUGGAAAGUCUGUAAGCCCUUGGUAACAGGUAUGUUGUACAAUAGUACCAUUACACUCUAUUGUGGCCUGUGACUGAUUUGUAUCUAUUGAAGAGUUGUAUGUUAAGCCCUUCGUACCUUGUAAGUUAUAGUUGGAUAAGUUGUAUGAGUAAGCUAAAUCACGCUCUAUAGCGUUAUGUGAAUUAGUUGUAUUCAUUUUUCAUUUUCUAACCCGUGUCUAUUGUAUUCAUCACUUUAUAGAGAUUCGGGAUGUUCUGUGUCUGAAUAAUAUAUAUAGUCUUGGGGAAGGAUUACCAUAGUGCUGGGAUGGGUUUACCAAACUUUGUUGCCCCAUAAUCAAAAUAAAUUUAUUGCCCAUUUGACUGACUAGAUUAGUGUUGAAACAAUCAAGACUACAAAAUUUGUGCUUUUCUUAUUUUCGUGCAGUGAAAUGUUGAGUCUUAUUGAGGGAAGAAAGGAAAAUCUUGGUAUGUUUGUGUUUGAGACACAAAGACCAGAUGACUUCCACUCAGAAGUUUCAAUCAGAUGGUGAAGUCCAUUUUGAUGAAUUUUGACUGCAGGUUUCCGUUUGUAGAAUCUACACGCCUACUGGUCUUGUUCUUCCCAUUUCAUGAGAUGCUUUCAGCAACAUUAGUCAUUUAAGUGUAAGUAGAAGAUGAAUGGGUUGUUUAUUUGAUGUGUCUCCACUUCUGGAUGAUGUAUUGAUGUGUAUCAUCUGGUUGGUGAUGCCUUAGGUUCUAAUUAUUGGUGUAAUGAAGAUUUUCAUAAAGCAAGAUUCUGCAAAUUUUGUCUUGGUUCAUAGUUUCCACGUCAAAAAUCUUGGUGCCUUCUUGUUUGUUUUAUUUAUCAGUUAUACAAUUAUUCUCCUUUGUUGGUUUGUUUUUCUUUCUCAUUUUUUGGUAUUGGUGAUGAAGAAUCUCGUCCUGACUUAUGGUUUGCCUGGGCCAUGUUAGUUUUCCAUUUGUGUUGGUUGUUGCAUCCUUUUCUCCCAUCAGAGCGAGUUCAAACAAAUUUCCACUCCUUCCGCAACGAACCUCAACUUGUACAAUGCUCAUUCGCAAUGGCACUUUUUCUAUUCGCAAAAUGGCUUAAACUAUCACUGAUGUUUUUAAUUAGUUAUCCGCAGAUGAUCUCUGGUUGUAGCAAUACAGCACUACCCAACAUGCAACAUUCUACAGGAAAUGGCGUAAUACUUCUGUUUUGCUUCUUCUUCAGUUUUAGGUUAGGUCCACUUGUUAUGAGCAGUCUUGUAUUCUGGAGCCGGCUUUUAAGUGCGGAGUUUCAUUUUUGGGUGUUCUUGCAGGUUCCUUGAUAGAGCUCAACUUCGAUACAUGAUUUGAUUAGCGAUCCAAAUAUGGUACAUGAAACACUUUAAACUGUUGUUAUUGUGGAGCUAGUUGUCUCAUGUUGCUUCAGUUUUGGAGUUUCUAGUUGUUUGGAUGGAACGGAGCACCCACAAGGAACAGAGUCAUGUGGCUCCUCACAUCUCUUUUUAGUUAAGAACUUGAAUUUGUGUUUUGCCCGUGUUUUACUCCAAAGUACUCUAGUGGAAAAUUGGUCCUUGCAAAAUUCAUACAAUCGGCAUCAAAGUUCAGUUUGCUGUAGUUUCACCCAAAAUUUGGUCCAUUUUAUUGUAACUUCACACAAGAAAGAAAGGAGAAAAGAGGUCACCAAAAUGAUUAUGGCAGUAACUUUAGAAUGUUGACUUCAUCUUUACAGCCCCUUUGAUAUUGAAAGGUGGGAGAGAGUACCGAGUAUUGUUGGUCCUGUUCUUGUCUUAGCAGCAACUGUUUAGCUUGCUUUGUUUCAUUCAGUAUGAAAACUUGCAUUUUCUGGUGACUUUUUCCUUUGAAAACAACCUUUGCCAUUAAGCCCAAAUCCCCAAACCACAAUUAUUCCUAGUGUCACUAAGACCACCUUUUCUG